GUGAAAUUUAGGCAUGAAAUGUAAGUGCAAAAACGCAUUUUUACGCACCCUACUAUAUUUCCUUUGCUGUCAGAACAGAAGUAGUCGCUAAUUGUUGGACUGCGUCACUCUCAGUCUCCUCGCUAUCUCCGGCGAACCAAUUAUGGACGGCGGCCAUCGGAGAAUGUCUAUUGACAAUGACAAGGUAGGAUCUUUGUGACAGAUGUUGGUCUGCUGGUCUUCAUCGGCAUGCCAAUUGAACUGUGGAGAACCUGAGAGUCCUACUAUUAUUGACCUGAUGCUGGAGAAAUCUACCCAUCAGUCCUAAGCCACUGAUUGUGCAUGAUCCAUCUCUUAAUCAAGGAGGUCAGGUUAAUUCCCCUGUUUUUGCUGGCAAUCCGAUGCAAAAUGGAACUGCUGAGGCAGUUAUCUGCAAUUCCAAGAAACUUGAGGAUGCGAUGCAGGAGAUUGGUUUAAAAAUUAAACAUCAUGAAGAUAAUAUCAAAUUCUUAAAGGCUCAGAAGAACAGGUUGGACGAUUCAAUUUUGGAUAUACGAGUUGCUCUUGGCAAGAUUCAUUCCGCAACUGGAACUGGUUCUGAAAAUCAGGAAUCUUCCAAUGGACGGAAUGAGGAAGAGACCAUUGAAAAAAUCUUAAGAUAUAAUAACUCUGCAGCUGGCAUCUGUUGCAAGCUGAAAGCUCAGACUACUCCUCAUCCAUUGAUGAAGGACUUGAUGGGAGUUGUUGCUUUGCUUGGGAAGGUUGACGACAAUAAUCUCAGCAGGAUUCUCUCAGAUUAUCUUGGGCUAGAAACCAUGUUAGCAGUUGUUUGCAAGACGAAUGAUGGAGUUAAAGCACUGGAAAUAUAUGAUAAGGAAGGUUCCAUAAAUAAAAGUUCCGGUCUUCAUGGACUUGGAGCGUCAAUUGCGAGACCUUUGGAUGACCGAUUUGUUGUAAUCUGUCUUGGGAAUUUAAGUCCAUAUGCUGGUGAAUUUAUUGUUGAUGACCCUCAGAGGAGGCUUGCUAUAAAGAAGCCAAGAUAUCUCAAUGAGGAAACACCUCCUGGUUUUCUUGGUUUUGCAGUCAAUAUGAUCAAUAUUGACCCUGCUAAUUUAUAUUGUGUUACAAGCACUGGUCAUGGCCUGAGGGAGACCCUCUUCUAUAGCCUCUUUUCAAGGUUGCAAGUAUACAAAACAAGGGCAGACAUGCUGCAGGCUCUACCUCUUUUAACUGAUGGAGCCGUAUCUUUGGACGGUGGGAUAAUAAAAAGUGGUGGUGUAUCUGUCCUAGGCGAGAGGGAAGUAGAGAUCAAAUUUCCAAUGAGUGCUGGAAGGUUGAAUCUACCUGAAAACUAUUUUGACACUGAGAGCCGGAUGAAGGAGCUGAAGUGGAAAAGGGCAAGAUUUGUGGAAGAUUUGCAGAGAGAACAAGCAUUGCUGGACCAUUGCAAGUUCAACUUUGAAAUAAAGAAACAAGAGUUUGUCAAAUUUCUUGCACAUAGCUCAUCCUAUGUUACCGCGCCUCUGUCUCCGGCAGUUGGGGAGCGGUCAACCCCGAUAUCAUGAUUGCGUGGGAAAUUUGAGACCAUUUCUACAUUAGACAGAUGGAAGCUUUAUCAGUUGAUUAUAUUCUGGACAAUGGCCUCUUGGAUAAUAUGUGCAGUUUAACGUCAUCCUUGGUUGGGUCAAUUUCAGAUUUGGGUGCAGUCUAAUACCAUUCUGAUUCUUGUUUAGGUCAAUUUUCAUAGAUGAGUGUUAGUUCAUUCAUUCUCGUCUCCCAUCUUGUAGGUACAGAAAAUGUUCUAUCAAUGUACAUCAUAGUGUUAGUUGUUGCAUUUUCACAUGAUUGCAACUAGCGCACCCCAACUAUUGAUUAUUGCUAUCUAGUUACAAUUAGCAAGCUGUCUAUGCUUUUAUUGA